AUGCCUGACAAGAUGCAGGAUAAAGGUUCUUUAAAACAUUUUCACAGUCUGAAUGACUACUCCAAAGCGGCACAGGGUGAAGAGCGUGAGUGUGCAUUCACCGACCAGCAGCAUCAGGAGGUUGAGCGAGUGGCGUUAGGCGAGGGCUGGGUCUCUCCCGAGAAUACAACCAUCCGAUGCGCCAAGGGCGGCCACUGCUUCGGCUUGUGGGAAAAAAGUACACCCGGCGAUGUCCGUCUAGUCAAACAAGGUUGUUGGCCCCACCUUGGUGACCACCAAGAUUGUCGUGAUGACCGCUGCAAGGUGAAGAAUAUCCAGAAUGGGACGUACUACUUCUGCUGUUGCGGCAGUGACAUGUGCAAUGUCAACUUCACAGAGGAUUUCCCACCUCCGAGCCCCACUACUGCACAGCCCAUCUACCCUCACACUCUGAGUUACGAAGAGACAAUAAUAAUUGCCCUGGCAACAGUCUCUGUGCUGGCUGUCGUCGCGGUAGCUGCUUUCUUUGGUUAUCGCAUGAUGCCUGGAGAUCGUAAGCAAGGUCUUCACAAUCUGAACAUGAUGGAGGCUGCUGGCUCAGAGAGCUCUUUGGACCUAGAUAAUCUUAAACUACUUGAGCUGAUUGGUAGGGGCCGAUACGGUGCCGUCUAUUGCGGCUCCCUAGAUGAGCGACCUGUUGCCGUUAAGGUCUUUACUGCCGCUAACCGCCAGAACUUUCUGAACGAAUGCUCCAUAUACCGGUUGCCACUACUCGAACACGACAACAUCGCCUGCUUUGUGGCUGCCGAUGAGCGGACAGGCCCAGAGGGGCGCACCGAGUACCUGCUGGUCAUGGAUUACUACCCACACGGAUCGCUGAGCCGCUACCUGAGCGUUCAGGCCAAUGACUGGGUCAACAGCUGCCGGCUUGCUCAUUCCGUCACACAUGGCUUGGCGCAUCUGCACACAGUACUUGUCAAAGGAGAUAUGUACAAACCAGCGGUCUCACACAGGGACCUGAACAGUCGGAAUAUUCUUGUCAAGGCCGAUGGCACCUGUGUGAUAAUCGAUUUUGGCCUGUCCAUGAAGCUGACGGGUAACAGGCCAGCACGCCACGGCGAAGAGGAAAACACUGCUAUCAGUGAGGUGGGCACCAUCCGUUACAUGGCGCCAGAGGUCUUGGAGGGAGCAGUGAAUCUAAAGGACUGUGAGUCUGCGCUGAAGCAGGUGGACAUGUACGCUCUGGGCUUGGUCUACUGGGAGAUCUUCAUGAGAUGCACAGAUCUUUUCCCCGGUGAAUCUGUACCAGAGUACCAGAUGGCAUUCCAGGCGGAGGCCGGAAACCACCCGACGUUUGAGGACAUGCAAGUGCUGGUGUCAAGGGAGAAACAGCGGCCCAAAUUCCCAGAGGCCUGGAAAGAGAACAGCUUGGCUGUCCGCUCUUUAAAAGAGACUAUGAAUGACUGCUGGGACCAGGAUGCAGAGGCCCGCCUCACAGCCCAGUGUGCAGAGGAACGCCUGGCAGAGCUGCUCGUCAUUUGGGACCGCUCCAAAUCGGUCAGCCCCACGCUCAACCCCAUGUCAACCACUCUGUAUAAUGAGAGAAACCGUGUGACACCCAAGUCUGGCCAAUAUGCGGAUCAUUCCUCCACUUAUAUUGAAGAGCAUGAAGGCGUGCCUAAAAACACACAGGGCGAUACUUCAAGCUCUGCGGGUGGCAGAGUCGGAGGCGGAACCGGAGAGAGGAACAGGAACUCUAUCAACCAAGAGCGUCAGCAACAAGCGAACGCCCGGCUGCCCAGCCCUGAGGCUAGCAGCACCAGCGGAGCUUGCCUGGGUCUAAGAGGGAGCCCCUCGGCCUCCACUACAACCACCACCAUAAUUUCUGAGUCUGAGGGGCCUGUGGCGGCACCAGCAGUGCCGGUCUGCCUUCACCUAACACAGGAAGACCUGGAGACCACCAAGCUUGACCCCAAAGAGGUGGACAAGAACCUGAAAGAAAGCUCAGAUGAGAACCUGAUGGAACACUCUCAAAAGCAGUUCUGCUCACCGGACCCUCUGAGCCCAGGCAGUUCAAGCUUGCUGUACCCCCUUAUCAAGAUGGCCACUGAGGCCUCGGGUACGUCGGAACCUGCUGCUCCAAUGCCUCCCACAGUUUUCCCACUGCCUAAACAACAGAACCUGCCCAAAAGGCCAUCAAGCUUGUCCUUGCGUAACAAGCCAGCUAAGAAGGAGCCAUCAUCCUCUUCACUCAGGUUCAAGUUCGGACGCUCGGGCAAGUCCAACCUACGGCAAGUGGAGGGUUCCAAGAUUAACAGUGGUGCAGUAACAGGCCCCAACUUGGAGGUAGAAGCUCAUCGAGGAGCAGGCAUAAACAAUAUACCCGCUCUACGGGACGCACACACUAACAGCGGUGUAAAUGGCGCCGUUAACGGUCACAAUGGCAGCAUUAUCUCUUCCGUGGCCACUGGUGGAGAUACGGGUUUUGGAGGGUCCGGUUUCAUUCCGAGUGGAAACGGAGCGUUACGGUCUGAUGACAGUCGUCUUAGCCUUGGCGUCAUCACGGCCAGCCCUGACGAACACGAGCCUCUACUGAGCCGCGAGCAGCCAGAUCCCGGGGACACGUCCUCGGGUGUGACCGCGCUCCGCUCCGCUCGACCCAACACCAACAAUAACAAUAGCAACACAGGCCAUGGCCGGGGCGAUGGCGACAGCGGAGGCGAGAGCGAAGGAGGCGGAGAGGAGGAUUCGAGUAUGGAAGGAGGGAGUGGAGCUCCGAACGGGCCACCAGGCGAAAGCGCGGGACCCGGCUCUGGUGUUUCAGACUUCCCGGUGACGGUCACCAUGCGAGAUGAGUCCCUGCUCAGACAGCCCAGAGUUCGCAGACCAGAGAGACCAAACUCCUUGGACCUGUCCUUCACUACACAAGACCUGGCCUCUUUAGGCGCCAGUUUGGGGCACCCCGACAGCGCUUUGGGCACCAGCGAUAAGAUCAAGAAGCGCGUCAAGACUCCAUACUCCUUGAAGAAAUGGCGGCCGACCACGUGGGUCAUCUCCACAGACGCAAGGGGGCUCGAAGUCAACAACAACAACGGCUCUGGGCGGGGCCAAGGCCACAACCGGCCCAAGUCCACUUCGGCCAUCUACCUGCGGGGUGGAGACUUGGUCGGUGAGCGCAACGACACACGCGUGUGA